UGGCAACCCUGAUCAGGAGGCGGGUGUUGGGUGAGUUCAGUAUCUAACUGCGAACGCUUCCGGUUUCUCUUUCUGGGCGUUUAAAGUUUUUUAAGUGGUGAAUCUUUAAACUGGUCGUCAUGUCGAACAACAACGCCACCAGCACCAGCCUGGCCGUCGCUCACAAAGCCGUGAAACAGCUGCGGCUGGAGGCCAGCGUCCGCCGCAUUACCGUCUCUCAGGCAGCCACAGAUCUGAAGAAUUUCUGUCUCCAGAACGCUCAUAAAGACCCGCUGCUGAUGGGCGUCCCGUCCGGCGAUAACCCCUUCCGCCCUCCCAAAUCCUGUGGCCUGCUCUGAGGUGAUGGUCAUCUGAAAAGACUUCGUGGAGCAACACACACACACACACACACACACACACACACACACACACACUCUCUUCACUUUACUACAGUGUUGUGAGCAGUCUUGUUGCUGGACGUCUUGCUCCUACACUGUGCAUGAUCCACGUGUAGCUCUUCCUAAACCGCAGUAUCGUAUUCACACUAAACCAGUCCUGGCUGAAUGGCCCAUUUCCUGCAUCCUCAAGUGAGAAAACUGUUACGAAAAAAAAAAAAAAAAAAAAAGACGACCUUUGAGUUCUUCGAGUUCGGACAUGGAAUUUAAAAUGAUUUAAAAUGAUGAGACAUGAAGUGGACCAUUCAAAGCAGGAUUGAACUGUUACAUAUAUAUUUUUUAUUUCAUUUUUUUUUUAUUUUGGGAGUUAAUGUGGUCACUUCCUUACUAUAUUAAAGAUGGAGAAUCCUUUCAUACACUUGUAGAGUCUCUCUAGGUACUGUAAUUUCAAGACUACAAGUAGCUCUGGACUUUAACGUACAGCCUUCAAAAUUCUGUCUGCUUUUGGAAAAAAAAGGUUUAUAUAAUUCUACAUAUCUGUCGCUUCAUCACUUCAUUAUUUUUUUGUUUGAACUGCUAGGAAAAAGUCACUCUGCUGUCCUUUACUGGUGUAAUGUAAUGUUUGUCCUGAUACUGUAGUGUUACAGCCCUAUUCUGUCAGGUGUGUGAAAUAUGAAACCUUCAUUAUAAGGUAAUUCACUUUAUAAUGGGGUUCUGAUUGUCCAUGGAAGAUCAUUACUAUAAUGCUACUUUCUGCUAUUAUUAGACUUUUCAGUGCUGUGUUAGUGCUAAGUUAAGAACACUAACUGAUGGGGCAAUCUACCGUAAUCACUGGAGUAACAUGUCUACCGUAAAUACACUAAACAAAAAGAAGCUUAAAUCUAGAACCCUUAUGAGUCCCUGUGGGGAAAUGAUUUAAGAUUCCUUAUAAAAACUUACAAUAGAGUGUUUCCCUAUUUACAAAGGGCUACCAGUAAAACCUUACGACGUUAGGAACCCUUACCUGUCUGGAGAACCUGUGAGGAACUUGUGUUUUUCUAAGAAAGUAACAAAAGGGCACAUUAGAAUGAAGUGAAUAGGUUUUCUUCAUUGUACAGAAAGCAGCAAGCUGCUAGACAUUUCCUGUUGUCUUUGCCUUCUGGAAGCUUUUCUACCUUUUUAUCAAACUUUUCAGAAUCACUAGCUUCACCUGCUAGCUUUUAUAUGAAAAAUAGGAGAGAUUAUUAGAGGUUUCUAACAUUAAGGUGUAGAUUUUUCAAAAGCGGCCCUUUAUUAAUUUAUUAACAAUAGAUUUAUAUCAUGGAAAAGGUUGUGCAGUGUUGGUUUAUUGAUUCAUGUUGGUGUUAUUUUCCACACUGGUUCUGCUCUUCAUUAGACCGAGAUUAUGUUUAGCGCUAAAUCCAAACACAUUCCUGACCACAGAUUAUGUACAGUAAUCAUUACACACACACACACACACACACACACACACACACACACUGAUGCUCCUGGAAAUCCUGACCUGCAAACUGCAUAAUUACUAAUCACUAAUUAGAAAGCUUUAUAACACUACAGAGAUAUCAACACUGCAAAAUCCACUGUGCUUCUGAUUCUAUGUUUUGGGUAUUUUUUUUUUUCUAAUUUAGGAGGAAAAACUGUGUAUCUGUAUUGUCACAUCCAGCAAAGUAUGAAAAAUAAACACUGAUCCAGUCAUGACUUUAUCUCUGUUCAUUCUGAUGUAGCUCUGAUGAGACUGUUGAAUCUGUGUGCCUUACAGUGGAAUUGUACAUUUUUCAGUAAAGCUACAUACUUUACCUCUGA